UCGACCAGGACAGCAGCAGCAAGUGUUGCCAUCUGUCUUAUCAGCGCUGGAGAAAACCGUUGAAAACCGUUGGAUAACUCAAGAAAUAGAAGGGGGAUGCAAGCACUUUUUGGUGAAUUUUUCAUUACUAAAAUUAGCUUGAUUUUUAUUUUUAUCCGCAUUUUUAAAUGAUACGAGUGACUUCAAGGUAGUAUUUUUCUAUUUUUUUAUUGUUUAAUAUAGACUAUAUUUUUAUUGCAAUUACAUUGUUGUUGUUUUCUAAAGGAAAGCAAUGAAUGGGAUUGAAUGCGAAUGGCGCACCACACAGAAACAUGAUUUAAUUGUUUUACGCGUUCUAGCUUGAAGGCAUUUUAGAUUAGUCUGACAGCCCACAUCCGAGCUCUGGAACACCUAAUUCUUCUGUCGAUAACACACUGAUGCCAAGUGGAACUCUUUCUCUCUGUUGAUAUUUUACUCUCUUUUGCAAUUCAUCCAUUGCAACUUUUUCAUUUAGCUCACCAGACCAGACGCACUCUUGUUUCGUUUUUACACCAAUGAACUAUUAAAUCGUUUUUUUCCCUGAAAGGUUUUUGAAAUGACUAGCCAAAGUAUUGAGAGGAGUAGCCCUAUAGGGACUCUCUCGUUGCUGCGUUCCGCUUUGCUGUUGGGUCUUCUUCACAUUGGAGCACCAGAGGCGAGGAGGCUACGGGGCAGCCGCGCGCAACACCGGAGAGACUCGGCCAUGCCGUCCCCACCGUUAACGUACAGAGACCGUGUAGUAGAGGGGACCGGAGCCGGUGAGAGCUUCCCGUUAGACUUCACGGCCGUCGAGGGGAACAUGGACAACUUUAUGACCCAAAUUAAAAACCUGGCGCAGUCACUGUACCCGUGUUCGGCGCAGAAGCUGGACCAGGACAUGAGGCUGCACUUCUUGGACAAUUCCUCUGUGACGUGUAACGAUGGAUCACCAGCUGGGUACUACAUCAAGGAAUCUAAAGGCAGCAAGAGAUGGCUGAUAUUCUUGGAGGGUGGAUGGUACUGUUUCAACAGACAGACUUGUGACACCAGGUACCAGACAAUGAGGAGAUUCAUGAGCUCCCUCGAGUGGCCACGCACCAGAACAGGUACAGGUAUUCUGUCUCCUCAGCCAGAGGAGAACCCCUAUUGGUGGAAUGCCAACACGGUGUUCAUCCCAUACUGCUCUAGUGAUGCCUGGAGUGGAGCCUUAGCAAAGACUGACCAAAGUGACUAUGCGUUCAUGGGCUCAGUGAUCAUUGAGGAGGUGGUGAAUGAGCUGCUUACUAAAGGACUGGACAGCGCUAAGGUCCUGCUGCUGGCUGGGAGCAGUGCGGGGGGUACAGGUGUACUACUGAACGUGGACCGUGUGGCGGAGCACCUGGAGUCCCGGGGACACAGGGAGAUUCAGGUCCGGGGUCUGGCUGACUCUGGCUGGUUCCUGGAUAACAAGCAGUACAGAUCUACAGACUGUCACAGCACCAUCAGCUGUGACCCUACUGAGGCUAUCAGGAGAGGAAUCAGGUACUGGGGUAGUGUGGUGCCAGAGAGCUGCAGACAUACUCACAUAGGAGAGGAGUGGAACUGCUUCUUUGGAUAUAAAGUCUACCCCACGCUCAAGAGUCCAGUGUUUGUGGUCCAGUGGUUAUUUGAUGAGGCCCAGUUAACAGUAGAUAACAUCCACCUGACUGGUCAGCCGGUCCACGAGGGACAGUGGAGAUACAUACAGAAUCUGGGCAACGAGCUGAGGAACACACUCAAAGACGUCCCGGCCCUGUUCGCUCCAGCCUGCCUAUCCCAUGAGGUCAUCACCAGGAAUUACUGGAUGGACAUCCAAGUCAAAGGAACCUCCCUCCCCAGAGCCCUACACUGCUGGGACCGUGGUCUCCAUGACAACAACCUCCACCAAAGAUCCUCCAACAACAACACCCAUAGCAACAAUCCUAACCCCACCCCCAACAAGGCUCUGCCCCCAGCUCCAAGGGGCUGUCCUCUGCGUCUGAUUGACAGUUGCCCCUGGCCUCACUGUAAUCCAACCUGUCCCACUAUAAGGGAUCAGAUCACCGGACAGGAAAUGAGCGUGAUCCAGUUCCUGAAACACAUGGGGUUUGAUGUUGCCAAGAUGGCCCAGCAACAGGGCAUGGACCCAGGGAAACUGCUGGGGAUGCUGAAUAACGGGAACUGAGCAGUGAGGGACGCAUGUAGCUGAAAUGAAACACACAUACCCGCACACAUGGAGGGACAGACGAAUGGACACACUCACGGACAGAAGCACACACACCUAUACUACACACACAAAUACGUUCAAAGAAACACACACUCACUCUGACACAGCAGGACAUGGACCUGCUCAACAAUGGCAACUGAAUGGACUGGAGUGAGGAGCGAUAUAGAACGCUUUGGUGGAUUUGAACGGAACUCAAUGCAACAACAGAAUAGAAACAGAACUGAACUCUAAGCAACAGGACUGAACAAUACUGAGCGAACCCCAAAAGCAACAUAACUGAACAGAAAAAGUGACUGUGCUAAACUGAAAUGGACUCAACUCAAAACUGUGAGUGCAACUGAACUGAACUCAAUGGAUCUGAAUUCAUAACCUUGACUUGGUGCAACUCAAAUAAUUUUACUUGGUGCAACUCAAACCACCUCAACUCUGAACGCAGCUUGACUAGUGUCUGCAACGGGACAGAACAGAACUCGACUUAACUCAACUGAAUAGAACUCAUUUAUUGUUAUUAGAACACAACGGAACUGCAAAGUUUGAGUUCAAACAACUGAACAAUGCUUUACUCAACGACGCUGAACUCAACUCAGCCAAACCUGCACAGAACUAAACUAUACUGGGAAAAAAAUGUGGGUGUGGAAAGACAUACAUAAAUGAAAAGUCAUCCGUUUUAAGGAUACUACUCAACUAGUUUUUUUCUCUCUAGGGGCCUAUCCCAAAUGGCAUCAGAUUCCCCCAUAGGGCUCUGGUCAAAAAUAGUGCACUAUAAUUGUGAAUAGGGUGCCAUUUGGGAUGCAGUCUGUUAGUUUUAAAGUAAAUAAGACAACGGACUUGUGGAUUUUGAAAAUAUAUAUAUGCAUAGAUGUAUAACUUGUGUAUGUACACUACCGGUCAAAA